GGGCCUGCAUUUAAGGUCCCGAGCUGUAUUUGCACUUGUGGUGCAUUGGAGUUCAGAAGAACGUUGUCAACAUGUCGGCAUUUAAGAAGACAAAUGUUAAAGUUUAUUCUAAAAAUGAACAGAAGUUAACACCUGAUAACAUUUAUUGGAAACAAUUUGGGGUACCAGUUCUGUUAAAGGAGUUUGGACCUGUGGAUUAUAUUAAUUUUUCUCCAAUUGAACCAUAUCAUUUUGCUGUAACAUGCUCUGUCAGGGUUCAAAUAUACAACCCUAUAACAAAAACAGUAUGGAAAAACUUGUCCAGAUUUCGAGAGGCAGCAUACGGUGGUUCUUUCCGAUCAGAUGGUCGUUUGCUCUGUGCAGGAGGUGAAGAGGCAGUUGUUCGAAUGUUUGAUGUCAGCUCUAAAACACCCUUGAGAGUAUUCAAAGGCCAUUCAGCGCCAGUUCAUCGGUGUUUUUUUACCCCGGAUAACACUCAUAUUUCGAGUUUUUCUGAUGAUAAAACUGUCCGUCUAUGGGACAUACCAAGUGAAAAAGAGCUUUCAAUAUUUUCAGAUCAUCAGGACUAUGUUCGAGCUGGUGCUGUAUGCCCCUCAUCCCCCGAUGUUGUUUUAUCUGGCAGUUAUGAUCGAUCUGUUCGAUUGUAUGACACCCGUACCAGUACCCAAGUGUUAACUGUGGACCAUGGCUCGCCUGUAGAAAGUGUCCUGUUCCUACCUUCUGGUGGAAUAUUCUUAUCAGCAGGAGGAACUGAGAUUCGAGUGUGGGAUGCUAUAGCAGGUGGGAGACUACUAGCCAAAAUAUCGCAACAUCAUAAGACAGUUACAUGUCUUUCUUUAGCAUCUGGAAGUAAACGAUUACUUUCAUCAUCACUUGACCGACAUGUUAAGAUUUAUGAUGUUUCAACUUACCAAGUUGUUCAUACUUUAGAUUAUCCAAAUGCCAUCCUCAGUGUUGCUGCAAGUGCUGAUGAUGAAACUGUAGUAGCAGGAAUGGUCGAUGGCUUAGUUUCAGUUAGUCGACGUGAGACAAAAGAAAUCCCAUCCAAACGAGAAAGACAUAAGGUCUCAUAUAGAUAUGUGAGUGACCAAAGAGAAUUUCCUACAGCUGACGUUGUUGUGCGUGAAGCAAAUGCUGAUACAAUGUCUAAGAGUGAUACAUUUUUACGCAAAUUCCAAUAUUCAAAAGCAUUAGAUAGUGCUCUUCUACCUUAUGUAGUGAACAAAAACCCACAUGUCACUGUAUCUGUAUUACAAGAAUUAAUGAGGAGGAAAGGGUUACAAACAGCUUUAGCUGGAAGAGAUGCUAAAUCUCUGUUGGCAAUUUUAAGAUUUCUUGUUAAAUAUAUUGGGGAUUAUAGAUACUCACGAACAGUAACAGAUGUAUCCAAUGUACUUUUAGAUAUUUAUGGUGAUUCAUGGGAUAAAUUCCCUCCUGAUGUUUGUCAAAUGGUCCAGAGGCUUUCUGUCCGUGCCAAAGAUGAAGUUACAUUUACUCAAAAUCUAGCCUCCCUGGAAGGUAUGAUGGAAAUUCUUCUUGCUGGCUCGUCAGUGGUCUCAUCAGAAUCUGAAGGAUCAGCAGGAAUUAAAUCUACACAAUCAGCACCCACUUGGCAUCCAUCUGAAACUGCCCAGAAGACAUUUAUUGUAAAUGUCAAUUGAUGAUAUUUUUCAAACUUGAAUGGGAGAGCACAAGUGGACCAAUAAACUUUACUCUUCUCAAAA